AUGACGGUACCGGGAACUACAGUAACAACACCAUUUUCAACAAUGCUGCAAGUAUUGAUUGCGGUGCUGCCCGCUACGAGCUACAGUCUGGGCGCAAGUGCAGGUGGCAACCUGUUUAACACAGAUCCUUUAUUCGUCAAUGCGAAUCAACCGCUGGGUAUCGAUAAUAUUGCCCGGACGUCCGACGAUGGUCUUACGCUUUCGCCCUGCAGCCCGCUGAUCAACAACGGGAUCACCAUCAAUCCGCCAAUUACAACCGAUAUUCUUGGCAAUGGCCGUGUGGGUAAUUAUGAUAUUGGCGCUUAUGAAUAUCAGGGACCAUCGCUGGUCAUUGUCGGUACCAUUACCGGCGAUUCAAUUAUCUGCCUCAACAGUACCGUUACCUUAUCCAAUAGUGUCGCCGGCGGUACCUGGACUUCUUCCAAUACGGCAGUUGCAACUGUUUCUGCCACCGGACAAGUUACGGGGAUCGCAAACGGAACUGCUGUUAUUUCUUACAGAACGGGCACCACCAACUGCCCGGGUACCGUGGCCACCAGGAAUGUUACGGUUACUACGUCGUCAAUGCCAGCCCCUAUAACCGGAUCUGAUACCGUCUGCACAACAAGAAGUAUUCAAUUGAGUAAUACGGUUGCAGGCGGAGUCUGGAUCACCAGCAAUAGUGCCAUAGUCACAGUUAGCAAUACCGGCGUGGUGACCGGUAUUGCCAGCGGCACGGCAACCAUUUCCUACAGAACAGGGGGGACGGGUUGCGCCAAUACGGCCACUAAAAAUAUCGUGGUCAGUCCUUCGCCUGCCGUAAAUGCUGUAACGGGCGACUAUUGGGUGUGCAUGUACGGUAUUCCGCGAUAUACAAGCACAACACCCGGCGGCAUCUGGAGUACGGCCAGCAAUGGAGUAAGAAGCACUAUUUCUGCUGCCGGUGUACUAACACCUGCUUCUACAGGUAUUGAUACGGUCAUUUACACGGUUACCAAUGCGAACGGAUGCUUCCAGUCCGCAAAAAUGCAGAUCAAUAUUGUAGGCAUUCCGGCUGCGUUUAAUAAUCUCAGCGGGCCGGGCUCCGUCUGCGCAGGCAAAACCAUCCAACUAAGCAAUGGUCUGUUCGGAGUCAGUGGAGGUACCUGGAGUACUCAAAGCGGCGGUGUAAAAAGUACCAUCAAUACAACAGGAUUGGUUUUACCGGUAACUGCCGGCACCAUUGAUACCGUUCGUUAUAUCGUUACCAACAGCGCCGGAUGUGCGGAUACGGCCUACAAGAUCAUUAAUGUCGGCGCCAGCCCGGUAGUUAGCAACAUCCUGGGUGUUGACAGUAUAUGCGCUCAUACAGCAACCUCGCUGACCAAUGCAACGCCGAAUGGUAUAUGGUCUUCCGGUAAUACUUCAAUAGCAACAAUAGACUUGAAUGGCAUGGUAACAGGGUUAAGUCAGGGCAUUGUCACAAUUAAUUACACCGUUACAAAUGCUGUUGGCUGCUCCGCAUCUGUAAGCAAAAAUAUCUACGUCAAAGCAGCACCUGCCGUAAAUAGUAUAACAGGCGCUACCUCAAUAUGUGUCAACGGCACCAGUCAAUAUAAUAACAGUACACCGGGUGGUUUGUGGACUACUGCCAGCAAUGGCAGUAUCGGCAGCAUUAAUGCUUCGGGCAUGCUAACCGCUCAUGCGACAGGUACAGAUACCAUACGGUACAGCGUGGUUAACAGCACGGGCUGUGCUUCGGUUGCAGCACUGGUUGUCACGGAUGCCAUCAAUGCAGCGGCGGCCGGGGAUGAAAUAUGGGUAAAGGCGGGAACUUACCGGCCGACACUGGCUAUGGAUGGUCUCUGGACAGCUACACCGGCAUACAGGGCGUUUUCCCUUAUUUACAAUGACGUGAAGCUUUAUGGCGGAUUUGCGGGAACGGAAACACUGGCGGCCCAGCGCAAUGCGAGCCUGUACGUUACCAUUUUAAGCGGCGACCUGGACGGCAACGCAGGGACUAACGAUGCCUUUCACGUGCUGGUCACUAACCAACGGACAGCUGCCUGCGUGAUAGACGGGUUUACUAUUACCGGCGGGCGGGCCGAUAGCAGCGGCUAUUUCCUAUUUUACCCUAACGGAACUGCGCAUCAAUACGCCUCGUUUGACGACUAUAAUGGAGCAGGGAUCUACAACUAUAAAAGCAGUCCAACGAUCAGUAACUGCAUUAUCCGUAACAAUUCAGCUAAUAACCAUGGCGCCGGGAUGUACAACAACGAGUGUCGCUCUUAUGUAUAUAACUGCAGUUUUAUGUACAAUAUAAGUGCGAUUGGCAUGGGCGGUGGGAUAAGCAAUUAUAACGAAGCCACCAGCGUGACCUUGUCGGCGGACCGCACCCGGUUGGAAGGCGAUCAUUACUACCGGCUGAAAAUCCGGGAAUCAAACGGGCAGGAAAGCUACAGCCGUACCGUAUUGGUAAAAAGUGAUGGUAUGGAUGGUGCCGUUGUCACAGUAUUCCCGAACCCGGCAUCUGAUCAGGUUACGGUCCGCUGCACAGAAACAGGGCUAUUGGGUAGCAGGGCUGUAUUAGUAGAUAUGAAGGGCCGGGUAAUAAAGGAGUUUGUGUUGGAAAAGGAAGUGUUGCUGGACAUUCAACAAUUGGCUGCGGGUGUUUAUGUGCUGAGCCUGGCAGAUGGCAGCGCUAUCCGGAUUGUCCGGAUGUAA